AUUUAUUAUUAUUAUCAAUUAUUUAUCAAAAAUCAAAAUAAAUUGUUACGUUUGAUACUUCAUAAUUCAUUGGUAAAAUUAUUGUAAUCUGCGUUUUCAUAAAAGCAAUUUACUUGAGUUGUUUUUAUUUUUCUUAGAGUACAAGUCUCAAUUUCGUCCGAAUUAAAAUAAGUACUUAAGUAUCACGUCUCUUGUCAAAGUUUCAAAUCGACAUUUGCGCUUUGUAUAGAAAACAACCAUCAUUUUAACACCAUGGCCACUCCGACUAGUGGCAAUGGUAAUUUGGUGGACGAAUUCGACGAAGCAUUCAUGUCACUCGUCGAAAUAAUAUCAAAAGAAGAUGAAACUUUCUCGCCGGUUGACAAAGAAGAGGUACGCGUGGACAUAGAUCAGUGUACCAUGAGAUUCAUCGACAUCGCUAGACAACUGGAGGCAUUUUUCCUGCAGAAACGGUUUCUUCUGUCGGCUCUGAAGCCUGAACUGAUCGUUAAAGAAGACAUCUCAGAGUUGCGUUUAGAGUUGGCGCGUAAAGAUGACCUCAUCCGGCGACAUUAUGAUAAAAUCUCCAUCUGGCAGAAUCUGUUGGCUGAUUUACAACAGGUGGCUAAAUCGCCAGCCCAGAACACAAUGGGCCAGAGUCCCAUGCCAGCACCUAUGCCAUCUCCCCUGCCAAUAGGUCCACCCCAACAACAACUAUCGCCUCAAGUACCUGGAGGUAUGGUUUCGCCACAACAGGCUAUGUUCCUACAACAGCAGCAGCAGCAACAACAGCAACAACAACAACAGCAGCAGCAAAGACCUGGUCCAGUGGCUGGUGGACCAAUGCCCGGUGCAUUGUUACAAGGACCACUGGCAUAUUUGGAAAAAACCACCAGCAAUAUAGGAAUGGGCGAUGGGAGAAGGUGACGAGGUCGGGGACGAGGAAGAGGACGCGGUAGGGCCCAUCUUAGUCCCCCUUGACCACUGGCAAAGGCACAAAAUUGAUGCUUUUAAGCCAAACGAAUUGCUACAAAUAAUCCUACCAAUUAUUUUGUGAAAAUCACUUGUACAUAACUGUAAAUGUUGUAACUAUGAGUUGUUUAUUGUUUAUAAACUGUAUUUAUGUUUUGCUAUUGUAUGAUAUGCUUUAUUUUUCAUUCUUAAGGCUGUAAAUAUUUGCUUUACAAUAAUCUGUAAAUAUUAUAAUAUUAUAUAAUUUGUUUGUGUUAUUAUUAAAUAAAUUUAGUUUAAUAGUGUAAGAAUGCUAUUCUGUAAUUACCUAUAGCUGAUUUUUCUUAGGACGUAAGUUAAAUAUAAGAUAUAAAAUAAUUCAGAAAAUCUAAUGUAAAAAUUUGAACUUUCAUGCUCAUAAGAAUGGAUUAUGCUAAAAUGCAAAUCGCUAAUCUUUCUUCAAGAAAAAACCUGUGAGAUAUCUUCUACCAUAUUUUUGAAAUUUGUAAGACUAAAUUAACAAUAUUAUUUACACAUAAAUACAAAAAUAACCAACACACUUGCAUUAAAAAGUAUAAUAAUUUUUGUAUUAUUUGAAAAUUAAAAAUAUAUUGUUGCAUUAUCUCGAUAAU